AUGGAUGUGUUCAAAAUCGAGUCACGACUCAGAAUGAGUAUGGAGACAUAUAUGACUGUAGAUUUUUAUAAGCAACCUGCUUUUGAUCAUCCACUAUUGGCAAACCACUCGUUCCAUCCCGAGGUUCAAGAUCCGAAAGAUGGAAAUUGGUGGCUUACAUUUGGGGAUGAAAACAUUGUACAAGGAUUUUGGCCUAAAGAGAUAUUCACUGGAUUGUCAAUGUUAGCAACUAAAGUCUCAUUUGGUGGAGAAGCUUAUGGCCCUGCGGAUCAACCUUUACCACCUAUGGGAAAUGGCUACCUUGGUAUCGCAGACCUUGAAUAUGCUGCUUAUUGUCGUUCAAUUGUAGUGUUGGAUGAAAAUUUGAAGGCAGAUAAUGACCCUCAUGAGAUUGAAACUUAUACAGACGAUUCACAUUAUCGUGUCAUUGAUUGUGGAUGGACUAAUAGAUUUGGACGCAUCAUGUUCUAUGGUGGUACUAUUCCACAAUAA